ACUUAAACAUCGUUCCCGGGCUGCUCGCCUCUCUCUCUUGUAACCUCCGCCAGGCCGCCAUUAAACUGCUGCCCACUCAUUCUGAUUGCGUAAAUUUCUACACGCCAAAAAUGGAGAUGAGAUUAUGGGACCACUGUGUAGAAGAAGCACUUUCGAAGUUGGAAUCCCUCAAACUCAUCCGAUCUCUCAGACCCAUUCACCUCUCUAGCGAUGAACGACGAAGACCCAUUGAAAUGGAGCACGAAUUUGGUCUGAAUUCCGAUGAAUUCGAGGUGUUCGACGGAUUGCAGGAAUGGGAUAGAGCGUCGGUGGAAGUAGAGAUGGCCGAGAGUACCUUUCAGAGAUGGGUCCGUGACGUCCCCAGUUCUGGAGAUGAUGCUGACUGUGGCAACAGAGAAGUUGGAAAUGAAGCAGGGGCUUGCUCUCAUCAGAAGUUUAGAAAGCUGCUUUUAUUUUCGGGAAAUGAUUAUUUGGGCUUGAGUACACAUCCCACGAUUUCAAAGGCUGCUGCAAAGGCGGCCUUGGCACAUGGAAUGGGACCGAAGGGAUCUGCGUUAAUCUGUGGGUAUACCAACUACCAUAGACUCCUGGAGUCAUGCUUGGCAUACUUGAAGAGUAAAGAGGAUUGUCUUCUUUGUCCUACCGGCUUUGCAGCCAAUAUGGCCUUGAUGACAACAUUGGGAAGUGUUGGUUCUCUUUUAGCCACAGGGGGAAAACCUUUGAAGGAUGAUAGGGUCGCCAUAUUUUCCGAUGCUCUGAACCAUGCUUCCAUAAUAGAUGGUAUUCGUCUUGCUGAACGACAAGGAAGUGUAGUGGCAUUUGUCUAUAGACACUGUGACAUGUCUCACCUUAAUGCAUUACUAUUGAGAUGCGCAAUGAAGAAAAAAGUUGUUGUGACUGAUAGCUUGUUCAGUAUGGACGGGGACUUUGCACCAAUGGGCGAGCUUUCAAAGCUUCGGAAGAGGCAUGGAUUUUUGUUGGUUAUUGAUGAUGCUCAUGGAACGUUUGUUUGUGGCAAAAAUGGAGGGGGUGUGGCUGAGGAGUUUAAUUGCGAAAGUGAUGUUGAUAUAUGCGUAGGUACUUUGAGCAAGGCUGCAGGUUGCCACGGUGGAUUCAUAGCAUGCAGCAAGAGGUGGAAGCAACUCAUACAAUCCAGGGGUCGUUCUUUUAUAUUUUCGACUUCUACGCCAGUUCCCAUUGCUGCUGCUGCACAUGCUGCUGUUAUUGUGGCCCAAAAGGAGACUUGGCGUAGAAGGGCCAUUUGGAAACGGGUGCAGGACUUCCAUGCUCUCACGGGACUCCCUGUUACAAGUCCCAUCAUCUCUCUUGUCGUAGGGAGUGAAGAGAAGGCCCUUCAAGCUAGUUGGUACCUCUUGAAAUCUGGGUUCCAUGUUACUGCAAUUAGACCUCCAACUGUUCCUCCUAAUUCCUGCAGGUUAAGGGUAACUUUGAGCGCAGCACACACACUGGAUGAUUUGAAGAAGUUCACAGCUGCACUCUCUGAAUGCAUCAACUUCCGAGAUAUGAGUGUCCGCAGCACAAAUGAACACUCAAGGCUAUAGCGAUGCAUAAGAAUGAAUUCUGUGGCUUAAUGUGUCAUUGGAGGAAUAAUUUAAACUUUUUCAUCAUUUUUGUUUGAGCAAGAAUUGCAGUCCUUUAAGGGAGGCUACGCAACACAAACUAGUAGCUUGGUUGAAAGUGAUUUAGAGAUCAUCAACAUUGUAUAUUCAGUUGCCGUUCAGUAGUUAGCUGAUCUAGAAGGUAACAAUAAAUUCUCUCUUAAGUAGAAGGGUCUUCUAAUUCUAAACCAAUAGAUGAGGAUAUUGUUUGAACCUUUGCAUUUAUUGCAUCCGGAAUUUCAUGUGUAAUGAUGUGCCUUAAGUUAACCAAUUAAGCAACAAUUAAACCUGUC